AAUUUCACAUGCCUACUCUUGCAUGUUUUUUACGUCCUCAACCAUCAAGUCUGUUUCUGCCGUUAAAUAUUCGCUAGUAGCUUUUAGUUACAAAUAAAGUUAUUUUAAUACGAUCAAAAGGCAAAUAAUUCUGAAACGUUAUCUAUAAUUAUACAACACGUUAAAGUGAAACCAAAAACAUCAAAAUGUCUUCUAGAUCAUUUCUGUUCAUCGAAUACUUAUUUAUGAGGUAGCUGAUAACAUUUUUUAAACGGUAUAGCAAUCAAGUAAUUAUAAAUAAUUCAUCGUUGUAACGAUAAGAUGAUAUUAUGAGUUUAUACUUUGUGUUCGAGUCCACUAUACAUUGACAAUGUAACGUAGAAUAGAUGCAACUUCAUUUCUUCGUUACACGUAUUCUUUUGGUCAGAAAUUAUUUAUCGGAGUAGAUCAAAAGCUUCUACUUAAAACUAUGGAUAUCAGCACAAUUGAUCGAACAGAAUCAGAAAACUUUAUUAUUCAAAAUAAUAUUGUAAAAGGGGCGAAAAUUGAUUUUGGCGUUAAAAACCAAAGUCUUGGGCAAUUACUUCUCGACACCUUCAGUCAGUACGCCGAUCAUUUGGGAUGGAUCGAACCGGAAACUGGAAAACAAAUAACUUUUGGUCAAAUGAAAGAUAGAAGUAUUCGGCUAGCUCUGUGGUUAAAGCAACAAGGAAUAGGAUCUGGAGAUAUAGUUACAAUUUGUUCACCUAAUUGUCUUAAUAAUUAUGUAGUGAUGUAUUCUAUCUUUUACGUCGGUGCAGUUUAUAAUUCUUGGCACCAUGAAUUUACAUUAGAUUCUGCACGCCAUGCAUAUAAAGUAGCAAAACCAAAAAUUGUAUUUACAACCUCUCUUAUGAUCGAUACAAUCCAAGAGACUAUUAAAUUAGAGAAUGGAAAUACAAGAAUUGUUGUUUAUGACGAUUGUAACAACAAUAAAGAAACAUUUGAAGAUUUUAUUCAAAUGCGAAAAAUUAAAGAUGUAGAAACAUUUACGGCUCGAAAAAUUGAAAAUCUAUCAACUGAACCAGCAAGCUUGUUGUUUUCCUCCGGAACUAGUGGCCCUGCUAAAGCUGUCAAGACGAACUACAAUCAUCUUUUAAAUUUGAUUUUAACAUGUUCGUUUAAGCAUAUGAUACCUAAUAAAGUGACUCUUUGGUAUUCUACUACUUACUGGAUACUCGGGAUGCGUAGUAUGUUGGCGUCAGUUUUUAGCAGAUCUAUCGUGAUUCUAUGUAGAAAAUACGAUCCUGAAUAUAUAUGUCAACUUAUUGAAAAGUACCAGAUUAAUUUAAUUUUAGGAUUUCCAAAUUUUAUUUCCAGCAUCUGCAAAAAUAAAUUCUACGACAGAUAUGAUUUCAGUUCGGUAAGUGAAAUCUUAGUUGGCGGAGCAAAAUUAAGUCAACAUACGAUUGAUGGUUUUCGAACGCAUCUGUCUCAAGUUAACCGCUAUCAGAUAUACGGAAUGACGGAAAAUGGUCUCGUUUGCAAGCAAACAAAUAAAUGCAAAAGUCCCACAUCCGUUGGAUAUGUGGUGCCAAACGUUCAAGUUAAAACAAUUGAUCAAAUAACUGGCAAAACUUUGGGGCCGAAUGAAGCUGGUGAAAUUUGUGUCAUGAGUUCGUUCAUGUUUAAUGGAUAUUACGCCAAUAUGCAGGCCACUAUCGAAACCAUCGACGAAGAUGGAUGGUUACACACUGGCGAUGUAGGCUACUACGAUGAUAGUGGCGAAUUCUUUAUAAUCGACAGAAUAAAAAAUAUCAUGAAGUUUCGCUUUCAUCACAUCUAUCCACUCGACAUUAGUGAAUUGUUACUCAAGCACCCAGAUGUUGUAGACGUUGGUGUUACCUCUUAUCCUCACGAAGAAGACGUCGAGCACGUGAUGGCUUUUGUGCAAAAAGUACCAGGAUCUAAGGUUACCGAAGAAGAGCUCGUUGAACUAUCAUCCACAUUAGGGUUUUACAAAAAACUUUGGGGUGGUGUAAAGUUUGUGGAUGCUUUACCACGUACUAUGACAGGAAAGAUCGCUACUGGCGCCCUCAAAGAAAUGGCUAAGGCAUACGCUGAUUCGAAGAAAUAAAAAAAUGCAUUUUGUAGAAUGUUAUUGGUAGAAAAUAAGCCAACCAGGAUGGUCUGUUCACCAAUGGUUAGUCCACGGCGUUGGCCAACCACUGCCCAACGAAAUUUAUCUAUUAGAAGCCUGCUCUGUGUGUAUCAGCAAAUAUGCGCUCUGCAGCUGAUGUCGCGCAUGCGCACUAUAGUCACUCGUGGCGACUCGUGCGUACACCUUUUCACAUAACCCCAAAAUUUAAUGCAAGUUUAUACUCACUUAAAAUCUAAUUCUACGAUGUCAAAACCAUAUUAUUGUUCGAUCUAAUGUUUAUUUAUUAAUAAUAGAGUCAUAUUAAUAAAUUAUUUGAGCAGGCAUUGAUGAUUUAUUAGCUUUUUGUAAGAGUUUUAAAAUUGGACAACCGUUGACCAAUGAAUAUUGUAAAAGCGUAAAUGUCUGCCGGGAACUGUUGGCCAAACUUCAUAAAAUUGGCCAACCGUUGGCGAAUGGUUCGCAAACGUUUCUACCAGGGAUAUAUUAUGCAGUAAAUUAUUGUUAUUAUUAA